AUGCAGGUGGUGGAGGCUCUGAUCCAGCAGUUGCGGGCAGCGGCCGAAGCUCGGGGACCCGAAUGGCUGCAGAAGCAGGUGUCCGGCGUGCUGCAGGGGGCGGCGGGUGAACCAGUGUCAGACAUAAUAAAGGUGUUUUGUUUUACAGGCUCUGGAAUCCCGGAAAUUAAGGUCACCUUGCGUGGAGUUGUCUUGGCUGAAUUCUUUACUUUUCGAACAUUUAUUGCCAAGCUAAUUGGUGUCACGUGUACAUUGGCUGCUGGGAGCACAAUAUUUCUGGGAAAAGUGGGACCCUUCGUACAUAUGGCCACUAUACUUGCAACUCUUCUAGGAAGACUCAUGGUGAAACUUGUUGGAGCUAAAGAGAAUCCAAGUCGGAAGUAUGAGCUGCUGAUUGCUGGCGCUGCGGUGGGUGUCGCUUGCUGCUUUGUGGCUCCUGUAGGAGGUGUACUCUUCAGUGUAGAGGCAACAGCGACACAUUUUGCAGUGCGGAAUUACUGGCGCGGCUUUUUUGCAGCUACCUGUGCGGCUCUGAUGUUCCGGCUCCUGGCAGUGAUUAAUAGCGAGCGGGAGACCGUUGCCAUCCUCUUUAAUACAAAUUGGCGGGUUGAGUUUCCAUUUGAUCUCCCAGAAUAUUUGUCCUAUGCCAUCCUGGGGGUGGUGUGUGGUUGUGUCUGCUGCAUCUACCUGUAUCUGCACCGUGUCACCUUGGUUUUUAUAAAUACCAAUGAACGUAUAGGAAAAUUCCUGAGGAACAAUAAGAUUGUCUACGCUGCCUUUGUUGCCUUGGUUUUGGCUAGCAUCACCUUCCCACAUGGAUUUGGCCAGUACAUGGGUGGAACACGGUUAACCAUGAAAGAACAUCUAGAGACCUUCUUCAACAACAUCACCUGGGGUUCGGAGGAAAUGUCUAUGGUGCUGAACGCCUCCCGCCAGCCUCCCAAUCCCACCUAUGAUGAAAACUGGCUGCAGUGGACCCAUCCGCAGCUGUCUUCUCUAGAAAAGCUUGCCAUCUUCAUGGUUCUUAAAUUCUUUAUGCUCCUCUUUGCGAACACCAUGGUCAUCCCCGCUGGAUACUUCCUCCCAGUGUUUGUAUAUGGUGCAGGACUCGGUCGGCUCUAUGGAGAAAUUAUUGCCAAAAUCUUCCCUGAUGGGUUUAUCUCAGAGGGGAUCCCGAUUAAGAUCACUCCAGCUGGAUACGCGCUUGCAGGUGCUGCCGCAUAUUCUGGGGCGGUCACUCACACCCUCUCUACAGCUCUCCUGGUAUUUGAAUUAACCGGACAAAUGUCGCACAUUCUUCCCGUCCUGAUAGCUGUUCUUAUAGCGAAUGCCAUCAGCCAAAGCUGCCAGAAUUCAUUUUUUGACAUUAUAAUUAUAGUCAAGAAACUUCCAUACCUGCCAAAGCUGGCAAUGGGAAAGAACAGUGUCCAUGACGUAUGUGCUGAGGACUUCAUGGUGACCGACCUGCGGUAUCUUGUGAAGGGCUUCAAAUACAAAGACGUCCGGAGCCUUCUGAAAACUUCAGAUUUUAAACAGUUUCCGAUUGUGGAUGCUGAAGAUUCUAAGAUCCUCCUUGGUUCUGUUACUCGGAAAACUCUUAACAAACUCCUGUCUGAUCUGCUGAGCACUGAGCGGAGAAUCCAAUAUAUGAUGAACCAGCCCGGGAGUAACAUGGACAACAACUGGACUGUGACUUCCCUGGGUGAUUACUCCAGACCUAAACUGCCUAGAACUGCAGAGGAGUCGGAAAACGGAGACACAAUAACCUACAACAAUCAGGACACCGUGACCUAUGAAAGUGAUGAGAUGCAAAGGUCUGUAGGCCGCAAGAGACGCUCCAGUAAAUUCCGAAACCAAUACCUAAAAAUGGUGGAGGAGUGGGAGUGUCGUCAGCUCAAUGAGUUUGUGCCCAUGGAGAACUUGACAAUUGAUCCAGCACCAUAUAGACUUCUGGAGAAAGAGACCCUCUAUCAGUGUUACGACCUUUUCAAUCUUCUCGGCCUUCGCUUAGCUUAUGUCACCAAUACUGGACGCCUGGUGGGUGUGGUGUCCCUGACUGAGCUGAAGGACGCCGUUCAUGGAACAGUGAAGGGCACAUUUACUUCAAGGAUAGCCUCCAAAACAGAAGACAGCGUUCCGGACAGCUACAGCCUGCAGCCCCUUGUCCACUUGCCCCAAGACUGUCAAGCUCAAGAUUUAGAAGAGCCGUCCACCAAAACUUCUAGCUCAUGACCCCAUCAUACGCAGUGGAGAUGGACUCAAACACUGCGGCAGCCACCGAUAUUAGAAAUUUAAUAAAUGUGUUUAGUGAUCAAAAUGUUACAGUGAGCAAAACAUACCAGAGCGUGCGGGAUAUACCAGAGCGUGCGGGAUAUACCAGAGCACUCGUAAUUUACCAGAGGGAGCGGGAUAUACCAGAGCGAGCGGAAUAUUCCUGAGUGAGUGGAACGAAGCAGAAUAUGCCCCUUAAUUCUGAAUGAAGCAGGAUGGGGGAGAGAGAGAGAGAGAGAGAGAGAUACUACAAACCAGUGGACUACAUUCUGUGGCCUCACAGCAGUCUGGAUAUUACAGCUCCUGACGCCCUAAGGCCUCAUGCACACGACUGUUUCCAUUUUGCAGUCCUCAAAUCACAGAUACAGAUAAGGUCUAUGUGCCGUCUCCAUUCUAUUUGUGGACCAAUUGUUUCAAGUAGUCUGUGGCCCGCAAUUUGCGGAACAGAUUUAAAGAUGCGGAAAGCACAUUGAUAAAGCUACUUUCAAAUUAGCAUUUUGGCUUUCCGUUUGUGAGAUCCGUUCAGGGCUCUUAGAAGCGGUCCAAAACGGCCCUCAUGCAUUCUGAAUGGAAAAGCAUUUUUUUGUCCGCAAUUUGGUGCGGAGCAAGACAGAUCCGUGCUUACACACAAGAUAAGUCAACGGGACGGAUCCGUUUUCUCUGACAAUAGAAAACAGAUCAGUCCCCCAUUGACUUUCAAUGGAGUUCAUGACGGAUCCGUCAUGGCUAUAGAAGACAUAAUACAACCAGAG